AUGCCGACAAAUAUCUUUAUAGGUUGUUUUUCUAAUACAACUGAUUUAACACUUGAUCUAUCAAUAAAAUCUUCAUCGAAACGAUCAAUGUUAUCAAUAAAAGCAACAACAAUUGAUAAUUCUUCAUCAUUAUUAACUACUUCUGAUCCUGAUGGUAGUGGUAGUAGUAGUAAUAAUUCAAUAAUAGAUAAUGAUGAAGUUAAAAUCUUUGAAUGUGAAAAACAUGAAGAAGAUAUUGAUAUUGAUGGUGAUGAAGAUAAUGAUCGACUUUCACCUGUUAUUAAAGAAGAAGAAUCAUCACCACAACAAACAUCAUCAACAACAAAUCUUACUGAUCGUUUGAACAGUGAACAACAAUUACAUAGUUUUUUUCCAUAUUUUAUUUCACCAUAUUAUCAUCCAAGUAAUGCAACACAAUCUUUUGACAAAUUGGCUUCAUUAGAAUCUCUAUCAAAAUUCAUAUCUCCACCACCGGCUCAUAUGUCUAAUUCCAAUUUAGGCAUUGACCAAAAUACAGGUAUUCCCAAUACAAUGUAUCCAUUACCAUCACCUACAUCUUUUCAAUCACCAUAUUCUCAACAUUGGCGUUCACCUAUGUUUCCAUUUGUAUUUCCAACAAAUUAUCCAUUAUCUCAAAAUUCUUCAUCUCAUUCAAUAUCAUCACUUCAAAAACGCUCAACAUAUAUGCGACGUAUUAUAGAAAAUAAUCCUCAACAACAACAACAAUCUAAAUUUCAUGAAGAUACUAAACAAAAAAAAUCUCAUAUAAAAAAACCUUUAAAUGCAUUUAUGUUAUUUAUGAAAGAACAACGAGCACAAGUUGUACAAGAAUGUACAUUACGUGAAAGUGCUGCAAUUAAUCAAAUUCUUGGCCGAAAGUGGCAUGAACUUGAUCGUAAUGUUCAACAAAAAUAUUACGACAUGGCACGUGAUGAACGUAUGAAACAUAUGCAAUUAUAUCCGGGAUGGUCAGCACGAGAUAAUUAUGGUGUAAGAAAAAAACGAGGAAAUAAAGGAAAAAAACGUGAAAAAAAUCAAGGUGAAAAUGGAGAAUGUCUUAAUCAAAAAAAAUGUCGAGCUAGAUUUGGUCUUGAUCAACAAGCAAAUUGGUGUAAACAUUGCAAACGAAAGAAAAAAUGUCUACGUUAUACAGAAAAUGAAACAGCAUCUAUUGGUAUUAGUUCUUGGAGUGAAGAAGAUGAUACAGAUAAUAUUGAUGAUUCAAAUGAUUGUGAUGUUAUUCCAAUAAAUGAACAUAAAAAUUUGUCUAUUCAUACAGGUAUAUCAAUGGAUUCAGAUGAAGAAAAUAAAUUACGUUUAUUAAAAUAUCAACAAAUAUCAAAUUCAAAUGAAAAUAAUUCAAAUACUAAGACAUCUAUUACAAUGGCAACAUCAAGAAAAGAUUCAUCAUCAAAAGUUUCUUUUCUUCAACCAUAUCCAUAUUUUGAUUCAUUUUUAUCAACAACAACGUCAAUGCCGAUUUUAAAUGAAUUUAAACGAGAAACAUAA